UGCAUGCCGUCUCUUCCGUCGACACCAUGAAUGUGCCAUGCUUACUGUUAGUGCUCUCCACUGUCCUCUUUUGCACCGUCCUAGCUGCCCGUUUCUGAAAUCUUGCAUAUACCAGAAGUUUUUCUUUGCUUCUUGCUCUUUCUUACUUGCCCUGCCUUUGAGCUGGUUGCCUUGCAAGUGAGCAAAGCCGGAACGCCUUGCGCCUUGCGCCUCAUACAUCUGCCCGCAUCCGUCUUUGGUCCGCUUACUCGAUACAUUGUCAACUCUACCUACAACAAGCAACAUCCCGGAGGAAUAGUGGCGUCUACUUCUUUCUUGUAAAACUACAGUAACCUCUAGAUCGCAUACCUUUGCUUUGUUCGCCUGAAUAUCCCACCUGGCAUAGUAUCACAUCAUGGGCGCAGGAGCCUUCAUAGAACCACUUGUGGUUAUUACCCUACUCUUCGGCGGUACUUGGGUGAACCGCAACACAGAAUACCGUCUUCUUAACCGACCAAAAGUCUAUCACCACUCGCCCCGCUCCGCCUCACCCGAGUCCGGUCGAUCGAGUCCCCUGUCCAGCACAUCACUUCUCGCCAAUGUCGACGAAGAGCCACGAUGGCAGACGCGCGAAAUCAAGAUACUGGGCAUGCGCAAACAAGUUCUCAGCCCAAACACCCGUAGAUUCCAAGAUUACUUCCUAUCAAGACUACUCCAAAAGUUUCCCUUCUUAGUCGAAGCAUGGUACUGGGCCCUGAUCUACUGGGUCUACCAAGUCGGGCGCGGCAUAAGCGCCCUUUACCUCAUUGACGAAGGCACCGUAAACGUCGCUCGCCGCCACGCCUUGCAACUCAUCGCUCUCGAGCAGCGCCUGCACAUCUUCCUCGAACUCGACAUCCAAGCAUGGUUCCUCAAGCACCCCUUCAUUCUCCACUGGACAAACCGCAUCUACUCCUUCAUCCACAUCCCAGGAACCAUCCUCUUCCUCGUUUGCCUCUACUACUACACCACAACCCGCAACCGCGUUGAUUUACCUUUACACAACAAGCCUAUAGGUGAAGCAUCCGGCAGUCCCGCAGGCGCAGCUCUCUAUGCAGCCCGCCGCCGCACAAUGGCCACGUGCAACCUCCUCGCCUUCUGCAUCUUUACCCUCUGGCCCUGCAUGCCCCCGCGCCUCCUCUCCGACCCAGACGUCACCGGUGACAUUGGUAAAAAAGCCCGCAGCUUCGGCUUCGUAGACACGGUGCACGGCGCCGAAGGCGAAAGCAGCGUCUGGACGCAAAACAAAUUCUGCAACCAGUAUGCUGCGAUGCCCUCGCUGCAUUUUGGAUACUCGCUGCUUAUCGGCCUUACGGUUAUGACGAUUCCGCUUGCGCCGCAGCAUGCGCGCUCGAGGAGUGUCGCGCUCACGAUGGGAUUGCGCAUGCGUGUUCCGUCGCUACGCAGGUUUCUGUGUGUAGUGCUGGGUGUGGCGUAUCCGACUAUUAUCCUCGUUGCGAUUGUGGCGACGGCGAAUCAUUUUAUCCUUGAUGCGGUUGCUGGCGCUAUGGUGUGCGGGCUUGCCUGGGUCGGAAAUGGGGUGCUGCUUAAUUUGCUUUCGCUGGAGGACUACUUUUUGUGGUGUGUACGAAUUCACAAGCCGGAGAGGCGGUCGGUUGGGUCGGGUGGAGAUGAAUUUAAGUAUGGGUCCAAGGGUGUAGUUUUUGAUUAAGCUAUACCCUUUGUUUUUUCGAAGAAUAGGGGGGGAGGGGGGGAAGACGAUGUUGUUUGGACGUGGAAUGAGGACAGAGUCGGAUUAAGCGGUCGGAAACUUUGACGGCUUUUGUAUUUGAUGAAUACCCCCGCCGGUUAUAUACCAUAGGUUUUCCUUUUUCUUUUACGAUACGCUCGUUGGCCAGUAGCAAGCUCUGGGUUAUGGGAGUUAUUUGUUUAUACAACUGUACCUUAGAAGAGGCGGGUGAAGAGAUCAAGGCAUGGUACUUGAUUCUGUAAUCCCUAUUAAUAAACUAAAGUAUUAAUUUACCUCGAUGGAAGUCAUAUAUUGGCAC